AUGAGUACGCUAAGUACUGUCCCUGACAGCAUCAAUUUUCCCGCCGAAGAGGAAAUAACGCAAAAGCGUUGGGAGGACAAUGAGGUUUUCAAGAAAUCUCUUGAAUUAUCUAAGGAUCGUCCACGUUAUACUUUCUACGACGGACCUCCUUUUGCUACUGGUCUUCCCCAUUAUGGCCACAUUCUUGCUGGUACCAUCAAGGAUGUUGUUACUCGUUGGGCUCAUCAGAGUGGAUUCCAUGUUGAACGACGUUUUGGCUGGGAUACGCACGGAUUACCCGUGGAGUUCGAAGUUGACAAAACUCUCGGAAUCAAAGGACCCGAUGAUAUAUUGAAAAUGGGAAUAGACAAAUACAAUGCUGAAUGUAGAAACAUCGUUAUGCGUUAUUCGAAGGAAUGGGAGGAAGCUGUUAACCGUAUGGGUAGAUGGAUUGACUUCAGAAAUGAUUAUAAGACUCUGUACCCAUGGUUCAUGGAGAGUGUUUGGUGGGUCUUCAGUGAGCUAGUCAAAAAAGGAUUUGUUUACCGCGGAGUUAAAGUUAUGCCUUACUCCACUGCAUGUUCAACACCUCUCUCGAAUUUCGAAGCUGGACAGAACUACAAAGAUGUUGUAGACCCUGCAGUUUUCGUCGGGUUCCGCCUAGAAGAUAAUCCUAACCGUUUGAUGGUAGCUUGGACAACAACACCUUGGACACUUCCUAGUAACUUGGCUUUAUGCGUUCAUCCUGAUCUCGUUUACGUUGUUGCGAAGGAUAAAACAACUGGUGUUGAAUAUGUUGUUAUGGAGGAUCGUUUGCCUGAAUUAAAAAAUGAAAACUUGGAAGUAAUUGAGAAGUUGAAAGGCAAGGAUUUGGAGGGAAAAUCCUACUUGCCUCUGUUCCCCUAUUUCGAGCAUCUCAAGCAGGAGCGUAAUGCUUUCCGAGUUUUAAACAAUACUUUCGUAACAACUGAUCAAGGUACUGGAAUCGUUCAUCAAGCACCCUAUUUUGGAGAAAUUGAUUUCCAAGUUUGCUUAGAGAACGGUAUUAUCACAAAGGAUAUGAAAAUUGUGUGCCCUGUAGACGCCAACGGAUGCUUCACAGCAGAAGUUUCUGAGUACACUGGAAUUUACGUUAAAGAUGCUGAUAAGCAAAUCUGUAAGAAAUUGAAAGAGUCUGGAAACUUGAUUCGCCAAGCUGAAGUGAAGCAUAGUUAUCCUUUCUGUUGGAGAUCAGACACACCUCUCCUUUAUAAAGCUGUACCAUCCUGGUUCAUCAGAGUUGAGUCCAUCCGUGAUCGUCUUCUUGAAUCUAACGAACAGACUUAUUGGGUUCCCCAAUUCGUUAAGGAGAAGCGAUUUGCCAAUUGGCUACGCGAUGCCAGAGAUUGGGCUGUAUCUAGAAAUCGGUUUUGGGGUACUCCUAUAAACCUUUGGGUCAGUGAUGAUUUGGAAGAAGUUGUAUGUCCUUCAAGUAUCGCCGAGUUAGAAAAAUUGACUGGGCAAAAAAUAACUGACAUUCACAGAGAAAAUGUUGAUCAUCUCACGAUCCCAUCUAAGACCGGGAGAGGAGUUUUGAAACGCGUCUCCGAGGUCUUUGAUUGUUGGUUCGAAUCAGGAUCAAUGCCCUACGCUCAGAAUCAUUACCCAUUUGAGAAUAAAAAAGUUUUUGAAGAUAAUUUCCCAGCUGACUUCAUCGCGGAAGGAAUAGAUCAAACACGUGGAUGGUUUUACACUCUUCUCGUUUUAUCUACCGCUUUGUUCAAUAAGCCACCAUUUAAGAAUCUUAUCUGCAAUGGACUUGUACUUGCCUCUGAUGGUAACAAGAUGUCCAAGAGAAAGAAGAAUUAUCCAGAUCCUAUGGAAGUAGUUAAGAAGUAUGGAGCUGACGCUCUCCGUUUGUAUCUCAUCAAUUCUCCUGUUGUACGUGGAGAGAAUCUUAGAUUCCGUGAGGAAGGAGUUCGUGAGCUUUUGAAAGAUGUCUUCUUACCAUGGUACAAUGCUUAUCGUUUCUUCGUUCAAAACGUACAACUAUACGAGCGUGAAGUAGGGGGAGUUUUCUCGUUCUCACAUGAAGUUAAAAGUGAAAACGUCAUGGACAAAUGGAUUGAAUCUUUCACCAACAGUUUAGUCCAGUUUGUUAGGAAAGAAAUGGCUGAAUACCGCUUAUACGCUGUGGUCGCACCAUUGACUAAAUUCUUCGAUACAUUGACCAACAUCUAUAUUCGUCUCAAUAGAAAAAGAAUCAAGGGAGAAGAUGGAGAUGAUAAUAGAAUUCAUGCUUUGAAUGCUCUCGGAAAGGUUAUCGUUCUCAUCACUCGUUUGAUGGCUCCUUUCACUCCUUUCUUCUGUGAUUAUAUUUGGCAUAACCUCCGCAAAAUCUCUGGUCACUCGGAAGAAUCGGUACAUUACAUGCUUCUUCCGACGCCUGAUGAUAGCCUCAUCGAUGUUACUAUCGAGAGACGUGUUGAGGCUAUGCGUUCUGUUAUUGAACUUGUCCGUAUUUGUAGAGAGAGGAAAGGAAUACCUGUUAAGUACCCCCUGAAAGAAAUGAUCGUCAUCAAUAGAGAUGAACAGUUCUUGAACGAUUUAGAAAGUCUUCAGCACUACAUUCUUUCUGAAGUUAAUAUUCGUAAGCUCACUGUCUCUCAAGAUAAGACAAAGUAUGGCAUAAAGCUGAAGGCUGAGCCUAACUUCCGCAUACUGGGAGCUCGCCUCAAAGGUGAUCAGAAAAAGGUCGCUGAGUAUAUUAAAGGUGAUAAGAAGAACCCACCCAAAAUCACUGAACAGGAAUUAGAAAACUUCUUAUCGACAGGUACUCUCAACGUUCUUGGCCACGAUUUAUCAUUGGAAGAAGUUUCUGUUAGCUAUGCUAGCGACGAAAAAGGUGCUGGAAUUGAAGGGUUCGAGACUGCUUCGGAUAAUAAGACCAUCGUUAUGAUCGACACCACAGAAGACGAUAGUCUUAAAGAAGAGGGAUUAGCUCGUGAAAUAACCAACCGUAUCCAAAAGCUGAGAAAAACGGCUAAGCUCGUUUCCACUGAUGCUGCGGUUGUAUACAUCCAGAUUAAGCCAGCCGAUUGUCAUUUAGCUCAAGUAGUGGCAGCGCAUAAGAAAAACAUCGAGACUGUCACAGCUUCACCAGUUUUCAUCGAGGAAUGUCCAUCGGAUAAGACGCCGAACGCAUCUAAUAUCAGUAAAGUAAAAGAUGACGAAGUUUCGCUCUGGCUGUUCUCUGAGAACUCCUCCACUACUGUUUUGAAUUAA